AGGAAGGAGGUUACUUCCUCCCUCGGCGGCGCUGUUUAUCUACGUCACUUCCUCUUGUUUGCGCAUUGUGGCGCUGUAAUAAUUCACGUCGUGAGCACAGCUGUAAAAUAAAGGAUGUCGAAGCGCAGGGUGAUGUUUGAGGAUGAGAAUGGAGAGUACAGUCUGGAGAAUGACCCUCCAAAUAAGAAGGUGUGUGACAAUGUCAGUGGCCCUGGCUCCAGGUUCAAGGGUAAACAUUCCCUGGACAGUGAUGAGGAGGAAGAGGAAGAGGGACAGAAGUAUGACAUGCUGGCCAGUGACGAUGUGGAGGGCCAGGAAUCGGCGACCCUGGACUUUGACGAGGGGGUGCGCAUCACGCCCUUUAACCUGGAAGAGGAAAUGCAGGAGGGACACUUUGAUUCGGAGGGAAACUACUUCCUCAACAAGGAGCAGCAGAUUCGAGACAACUGGCUGGACAACAUCGACUGGGUGAGACUGGAGCUGGUCACACCACAGCCGGGCCAGACCGUAGCACUGGGUCACACCACAACCGGGCCAGGCCGUAGCACUGGGUCACACUGGAACCAGGCCAGACUAUAGCACUGGGUCACACCACAACUGGGCCAGGCCGUAGCACUGGGUCAC